GCAGCGAGCGAGAAGAAACGUUGUCCAAGGCAAGGCGAAUAGCAAUAUUCACAUAUAGCAACAACAACAACCUUUUUUCACGAACAAUCAUUGCUCGGUUAUGUAGACCGGAAGGACGAAGAAGUGUGAGCCACGUUCCAGCACCAGAGACGCGGAGGGAAAUCCCGGACUGUGAUGUGCAGGAUGCGGCUGCUGGUGAACGACCUCCGACCUCCAGCUGCCUGAGGCCCUGAAGUGAAGCGGAGCUCUUCUUCUUCUGCUGGUUCAUUUCAAGUCUGGUUCCCCUGAUGGGCUGAGCCCCCCCCUCUCUGAAGUGAUCUGAUCGGGAUGAACGGCUCUCUGUUGACCCCGCCCAGCCCGCGGGUGGCUAGCUCCUCCCCUUUACCUCCCUCCCCCUCCCCCUCCCUUCCGUCUCCCUCCAUGCUGCCCCUGUCCCCCCGCCCCCCCCCCUCUGCCCCCCCUGGUGAGCCGCCCCCCCUGUCGGACACGCCCACGCCGUCCCCCUCGCCGUGCCUGAGCUGGACGGAGUUCUGCGAGCUCCACGCCCGCGUGGCGGCCGGCGACUUCGCGCGCCACUACCGGGCGUUCCUCCUGGAGAACCCGCACUACUCGCCGGACUCGGCCGCCGCCUUCUGCCGGCGCUUCACCGACCGCUUCGUCCGCCACUUCCAGAGCGAGCUGGAGGGGGCGCUCCCGCCGAGCUGCGCCUCCGCGAUGGACGACAUGGCGAGCUGGGCUCCCCGGUCGGACGCCGCCUCCCUGGAAGAGGAGGCGGUCUCGCCCCUGUCGGCGUCCGGCGGCGCCGCCCUCCCGCGCCCCCCGACCGACGCCGCGCGGCCGCCGGCUCGACUGGUGCUGGAGAGCCGCUGCGGGGACCGGUUCCAAGACGCCUACGCCCAGGGCCACAUCCCGCCGCCGUCGUCCUCGUCGUCCUGCUGCUCCUCGGUGGGAGGGAACAACGGGCGCCGCGAGGAGAGGGGCGCCGCCGUCGCCCCCGGCAACGGAGAAGCCCCCGUGGAGGAGGAGGAGGACAGCUGGUUGGGCGCGGCGUCCGUCGGGGAAGACGCGGAGCCGGAAGAGCGGGAGGCGGACGACCCCUCCUACGCCUCCGAGAGCGCGCCGGCCUCGCCGCCGGGCGCCAGAGGCGGCGGCGCGCCCAACGCCAAGAACAAGCUGAAGAAGCGCUUCUCUCUGCGCAGCGUGGGGCGCAGCGUGCGCGGCAGCGUGCGCGGCAUCCUGCACUGGCGCAGCGCGUCCAGCGACGCGGCGCAGAGCGCGCUGCCCUCCAGCUACAGCUACAGCGUGGGCGCCGCGCCCGCCUCCUCCAUGCCCGUGUCCCUGUCCAUGCCGCUCUCCCUGCCCCACUCCUCCUCCUCCUCGCUGCCGCCCUCCUCCUCCAGCAGCGCCGCCUCCCUGUCUCUGUCGGAGGCGGCGAGGGACCGGCGGCGGAGCAACGGCGAGGGCGGCGAGAAGGAGAAGUGGAGCCUCCGCCUGGAGAAGCUCAGGCUGUCGCGCUCGCCGCCGCCCACGCUCACGCUGACCGGCCCCCACUCCGCCGCCACGCUGCCGCCCAGCAGCGCCGCCGCCGCCGCCGCCGGACCCCCGAGGAAGGCGGGCCGGCUGGUGAGGAACGGCGUGGCGUCGCCCACCAGUUUCGCCGCCGGCAGCCACGGCUUCUCCGGCUUCUCCUUCGGCCUGCUGCACCACGCCGACAACAACUCGGCCUCCUCGGCGGGCGGCGCGCUGCAGCCGCUGGCCUGCGGGGGCGCCGCGCCCUGGAGAGGAGGCCGCUGGCACAAGUGUCGCCUGGUGCUCCGAGAGAGAGACCGGGAGGGGGGCGAGCGAGGGGAGGAGUACUACCUGGAGUUCUUCAUCCCACCCAAAGCGUCGAAGCCCCGCCUCAGCGUGCCGUGCUGCUCCAUGGGGGACGUGAGGAGCACCACGGCGCUGGAGGUCCCGGACAAGGAGAACACCUUCCUGCUGCAGCUGGAAGGGUCGGUGCAGUACGUGAUCGAGACGCGUGACGCCGUUCAGAUGAGAGCCUGGCUGAGCGACAUCAGGAACGGCAUCUGUCUCAGUGAGCAGGAGGGCCCUGAAGGGCCUCUGGGGCCUCUGGACCUCAGCGGGAUGCCGGACAUGGUGGACCGCCUCUCUCAAGUGUGUUACGGAGGCAUCGGAGGCUCCUCCCCUCUGAUGGAUCCUCUCCCACCAGAGCUGCCACCUCGAGCCCCUCUCGACGAACCAGACGGACGGGUUCUCGGCGGGGGCGGAGUCAGCACACCUUUCGCUGAGACGCCGGACGCAACAGGCUCCUUCCUGUUCUCGGAGGUGACCCCUGCGGAGGCCGUGGAGCACCCGCUCAGCGAGUGCCAGUGGUUCCACGGCACCCUGUCGCGCCUUAAAGCCGCGCAGCUGGUGUUGGCCGGCGGCCCGGCGAGCCACGGCGUGUUCCUGGUUCGCCAGAGCGAGACGCGGCGCGGCGAGUACGUCCUCACCUUCAACUUCCAGGGCAAGGCCAAGCAUCUGCGUCUGUCCCUGAAUGAGGACGGUCAGUGCCGUGUGCAGCACCUCUGGUUCCAGUCCAUCUUCGACAUGCUGGAGCACUUCCGGGUUCAUCCCAUCCCGCUGGAGUCCGGCGGCGCCUCCGACGUCACGCUCAUCAGCUUCGUGGGCGCCACCGCCGUCCGCCAGCCAGACUUGACCAGCAGACCCCGUAGUCCUCCUGCUCCUCCGCCCCCCCCGCUGCCUCCGGGCCGCCCGCCGCCCCCGUCUCCUCCCCAGGAGCGAGGAGAGGAGGAGGAGGCGGGAGGGGGAGGAGGCGGGGCCACGGUGAUGAUGCCGUCGCCUCCGACGCCGCCACCGGGAGGAGGAGCAGGAGGCGUAGAAGGAGGUGGAGGAGGUGGUGACGACUGGGAGGACACUCCUCUACGCCAACUAGAAGCUGUGGAGGGAGACGAGAGGGAAGGAGCGAGGGCGCCAAGAGCCGUCGACAACCAGUACUCCUUCUUCUGAUGAAGAGGAGGAGGAAGAGGAGCAGGAGGAGUGUGUGUUUGUGUUCCAGUGUGUGUGAGCGGACGUGAGAUCGGAGGAGGCGGCGACAUCAUAGCCAUUCAUAACCAGUAUUUUUAUUUUGUUAGCGAGGAGGAGGAAGAGCAGGAGGAGGAGGAAGAGCAGGAGGAGGAGGAAGAGCAGGAGGAAGAGGGAGGAGGAGGAGGAGUACUAACACUAACCGAGGGAGAGAGAAGCUUCACUACACUAACUAGCGGUACAUGUGUCUUUAAUAUAUUUAGUGGGAUCAGCUCCUGAUGCUCAGCGUCUACGGAGGCCCAGAGGGGCCACACAACAACAACAACAACAACAACAACACGGGUUAUUUAGAGAUUCUUACUCAACGAGUCGCAGAAGUCACGGUUUUCAGAUUAGAUGAAAAAAUCGAAUUAUUUUAUUUUUUACUCUUUUAUGUUCUUUUUGUUUUGUGUGUUUUUGUUUAUUCUUGUUGUCGUAGCAACUGGUCUUUUUAUUUUUCACCGUUGUCCCAGAAAUCAUUUCAACCUCUGAAGUCACUUUAAACAUCAAACAUAUAUAAUCUAUAGUUGUUACUUUCAGACACACAAUUCAAUAAAAGAUAUUAUUUUUUAUAGUUGUUCUUGGUGUUAAUGAAGUUAUUAAAGAGCUUAAACAUCA